UCUCCACUUUUUGUUAUUAGACCGUUGUAAAAUCAAGUUCUUUAAAUAAACAAAAGGAAAUCAUUCACAGGAAGCUGUGAAAGCAAUUAAAGAAACAGAACCGAGAAAAUCUGAUCACUCUUUCUCAAAAUCCAUCAACAAUGGAAGAACAGAACCCCACUGCUCAGUGUCUCUUGCACUCACUUGACCCCAUUUCUCUAAUCCUCUCUCAAAACUCAUUAGACUCUAACCAGCCAGUCCCUCUAAAACUGGCCACAGAUUGCUACAUCAUGGAGAGAGGCCCAAGGUACAGAGCAUAUGCAGAUUUAAGAGAAUCAAAGCUGAGAAUGAAGAGUUUAAGGCCAGAAGAAAGUGAAGAGUGUGAAUUUAGACAAACCCCAGUAAAGAAACAAGUUAAAUUCCAAGAGAAUUUAACUAUCACAAGAAAAGGGUACUCUAUUUUGGCUCAAUCAGUGCCUGAUUUCUCUGCUACUUUGAGGAAAGAGAACAGAAAACCGAGGCAAGAAUUGACUCCUCCAUCAAAGUCUACUUGGUCUAAGGUUAAUGGGAUAUUGACGAACUCGCGAGGAAGUAAAUCGGCUAAUGCAGGUGAUAAAAAGAAUGGUUUAAUGGCAAGAAAGAGCUAUGCAAGUCUUGAAGAAUUGAAAGGGUUGUCAAUGGCUGCAGCUACUGCUAUAAAUGGUGAAAGCAGAGGAAGGAGAGGUGGUAGAGGAAUUGGCAAGACUGUUUUGGGGUAUAGACAAUUCUGAUUCUGAUUCUGAUUCUUGAUGAUUCCACUACAUUUUAUGAUUUCUUAAUUUUUUUUUGUAUUUCUUUUUAUAAAAUUGGAAUUUGGUUUCAGUGAGAGGUUUCAUUAGUAUUACUGAUAUGAUUGAUUCUUUGAUUAGCAGGUGGAUUGGUUUUGGAGUGGUUUUGUAAAGCACUUGAUGUAAUCAUGUCCUUACAUAUGAUUAUUUUAUGUUCUGUGAUAAAUUCUUGCAAA